AUGGGGGACUGGAAUCUCCUUGGAGAUACUCUGGAGGAAGUUCACAUCCACUCCACCAUGAUUGGAAAGAUCUGGCUCACCAUCCUGUUCAUAUUUCGAAUGCUUGUUCUGGGUGUAGCAGCUGAAGAUGUCUGGAAUGAUGAGCAGUCUGGCUUCAUCUGCAAUACAGAACAACCAGGCUGCAGAAAUGUAUGCUACGACCAGGCCUUUCCUAUCUCCCUCAUUAGAUACUGGGUUCUGCAGGUGAUAUUUGUGUCUUCACCAUCCCUGGUCUACAUGGGCCAUGCAUUGUACCGACUGAGAGUUCUUGAGGAAGAGAGGCAAAGGAUGAAAGCUCAGUUAAGAGUAGAACUGGAGGAGGUAGAGUUUGAAAUGCCUAGGGAUCGGAGGAGAUUGGAGCAAGAGCUUUGUCAGCUGGAGAAAAGGAAACUAAAUAAAGCUCCACUCAGAGGAACCUUGCUUUGCACUUAUGUGAUACACAUUUUCACUCGCUCUGUGGUUGAAGUUGGAUUCAUGAUUGGACAGUACCUUUUAUAUGGAUUUCACUUAGAGCCGCUAUUUAAGUGCCAUGGCCACCCGUGUCCAAAUAUAAUCGACUGUUUUGUCUCAAGACCAACAGAAAAGACAAUAUUCCUAUUAUUUAUGCAAUCUAUAGCCACUAUUUCACUUUUCUUAAACAUUCUUGAAAUUUUCCACCUAGGUUUUAAAAAGAUUAAAAGAGGGCUUUGGGGAAAAUACAAGUUGAAGAAGGAACAUAAUGAAUUCCAUGCAAACAAGGCAAAACAAAAUGUAGCCAAAUACCAGAGCACAUCUGCAAAUUCACUGAAGCAACUCCCUUCUGCCCCUGAUUAUAAUCUGUUAGUGGAAAAGCAAACACACACUGCAGCGUACCCUAGUUUAAAUUCAUCUUCUGUAUUCCAGCCAAAUCCUGACAAUCAUAGUGUAAAUGAUGAGAAAUGCAUUUUGGAUGAACAGGAAACUGUACUUUCUAAUGAGAUUUCCACACUUAGUACUAGUUGUAGUCAUUUUCAACACAUCAGUUCAAACAAUAACAAAGACACUCAUAAAAUAUUUGGAAAAGAAUUUAAUGGUAACCAGUUAAUGGAAAAAAGAGAAACUGAAGGCAAAGACAGCAAAAGGAACUACCACUCUAGAGGUCACCGUUCUAUUCCAGGUGUUGCUAUAGAUGGAGAGAACAACAUGAGGCCGUCACCCCAAACAGUUUUCUCCUUGCCAGCUAACUGCGAUUGGAAACCGCGGUGGCUUAGAGCUACAUGGGGUUCCUCUACAGAACAUGAAAACCGGGGGUCACCUCCUAAAGGUAACCUCAAGGGCCAGUUCAGAAAGGGCACAGUCAGAACCCUUCCUCCUUCACAAGGAGAUUCUCAAUCACUUGACAUUCCAAACACUGCUGAUUCUUUGGGAGGGCUGUCCUUUGAGCCAGGGUUGGUCAGAACCUGUAAUAAUCAUGUUUGUCCUCCAAAUCACGUAGUGUCCCUAACGAACAAUCUCAUUGGUAGGCGGGUUCCCACAGAUCUUCAGAUCUAAACAGCGGUUGGCUUUUAGACAUUAUGUAUAUUAUCAGAGAAGUAGCCUAGUGGUCGUGGGGCACAGAAAAAAUAGAUAUGGGCAGCUCUAAAGACCAGCUGUUAAGACAGACAACUGCAAACUCAUUUAAGCAAGAGAAAAACAGCUCUAAUUCGAGAUUGUGAAGCAACACUUCUAAAUUCAAAGACAUAGAGUUGUCAAAUCAGGAUUUUUUUUUUUAAAAAAUGAUAUCCUUUCGAAUGUAACUGAUUUUGGGAAAAUC